AUGGUGGUGUUCUUGGAGGAGUCCCCGAGGUCCUUGAUGGUGUCGAAGUACUGGGUCACCAUUAUCAGGUCCAUCACCUCCUUGGCGCUGGUGCCCGAGACCGUGUGGGAGAAGUUGAGGAUGUUGUCCCUCAAGCCGUCGGUGAUCGCCUGCCGCUGCCUCGCCACGCCAAUGCCGCCGAGGUAUUUGGCCUCGGCCUCGGCCUCGGCCCUCUUCACCAUGAGGAUCUUCUCCGCUUCCCCUUUGAAGAUGCUUGCCUGCCGAAGUCUCUGGGCUGUAUAGCAGAGAAUACGUAGUGUUUGGUGUUACUAUUGCCAGGAAGAUUGGAGAAGAUAGGGGCCUUCGACUGGUUCACAGGGGAUUCACGUAUGGACUACUUUUAUAAUCUCGGAUGGAGGCUGCCCGUUGAAUGAUUAAUACGGUAAAGUGGAGAAAUUAGAUUGCGAUUAAACUAAAUGUGUGAACUUCCAAACAUCUCUUUAAUGAACUUCCAGGGGGAAAAUAUAUGGCAAAACAAUUACACUUCUUUCAAGGUAAAAUCUGUACCCAUCGGGAAACGCACAAACACUGCAGAACUCAUAAAUGCUACGGCAUCUACUUGCUAACAUACUAAAUGGCAAUCAAACUAAAAAAAAAUGUUCCACGAAGAUCGAUGAUGAAAUGGAGGCGGGCACCUGCAUUAAUCUCGUUCAUAGCUCUCCGCACUGAUGGAUCUGGUACAAUAUCGACCAUUAAGAUCUGUUCAAUGCUAUAUCCAUAUGCUCCCAUCACCUGGUCCGCAGUUUUGCAAGGAUGAAAGAGACGACGGUGUCAGUGAUGUUCCAACUAGAUCAAUGAGUAACACAAAUUCUCCGUGCCUUAAAAAAAGAUAGAUCUUUUGUCGAGCAUUUUGAAGUAAGGUGAUGCUUGUUUUGUGUUAUUGUGCCAAAAAAAAGUCUAAACAUUGAGAGAAAAAACAAAGAAUGAGAUAAUAUUUUGGUGAAAACGUGUCAGAAGCAAGAAACCAGGGAGAUCAGUUGCACCAACGAUAUAGCAAAGCAUGUAUGAGCAAUAUUUCGAGUGGCAGGAGAGGAGGUAACUUCUAAUUGAGUUUAAGUAAAACAUUGAUACAAUUUACUAUAAGAAACAGGAUUAUGAUAGAGUCCAAGCUAAUUUUUUGUCACCUAAGAAGCAAGAAGAGGUUUUCUUGAGAAAGGAAUACAACGAUAACUCAGAUCUACACCAAAAUUACAUGGCAAUAAUGGCCCUAAAAGUCGCAGCAUACGUCUAUAGAAAAUAA